CGCUGUUGAUGUAUGCGAUCACCAAUCUCUCUCCAUAGUUACAACCCCAAAGACUGCCCCGUCUAUCUCUCUGCGGGACCCCAACACGCCGACUCCUGUCCAACAUCUCUCGAGGACAAGAAGAUGAGGUAUCUAGCAACGCAGCAAUAGUCACGCGCAUACCACCUGCACCCGGAGUACAAGGCAGCAGGCCGUCACCGACCCCAUUCCUUUCGCACGACAGGCCUUCUCGCAAACACAGCAUGACGUCGCCACCCCUUACGCCGCUGCGGCGGUCCUUUUCACACAACAGCACAUCUCCGUCGAGUAAUCGCUUGUCGACGGCCUCACGCUUCUCCAAUGGCAGCCAGGACUUUGCAAGUCAUCUGGACGCCUCGGCCGGCGCAACUGGCAUGGGCAAUCUUGCCGACGAACUCGACUUUGCCGACUCGGAUGAGGAUGAUUGGGACUAUGAUGGUGAAGCUGAACCUGGCACCAUGCAAGACGCUGGAACGGAGCAUAUCCCAGAUGAAGGAACGCAAGACGGUGCGGCUGAAGAUGAAGGACCGCGAGACAGUGGAGUCCAUGUCGGCCAAAAGAUAAACGACGCAUUACCACAUCGCAACUUCUCCCGUCCAACCUCGAGAGACGCGGAUUUGGAUACCUCAAACAUCUUCUCCCUGGAGCUUGAGGAUGCCAUGGCCAACAUCUCACGCCUGGCCAACCCUGCUUCACACCAGAACCCAGACACCAUCUCCCGUACCCUCGUCGCCCUGCAGAACCUGCCUCCUCAGCAAUUAUUAGAAGCCCACACCCAGCGCCUUACCACAUCUACUAAUAGUCUGUCGUCACACAUCAUUCAGCAGACAAAACAGUUCGCUUCCCUUUCUGCCUCUUUGUUCGCGCCUCUUGGCUUUGGUGCCCCUUUGGAUUUCCAGAUCAUCGACGACGAAGUGGUGCCUGCAAUCAGCCAAGUUAUCCAAGACUUACCCGCCCCCGACCCUCGUGCUUUGCAUAAUCUCUCACGCCUCGAUCGCGAAACCACCGACUUGAUGCAAACCCUGGCUGCCCUAUCGGACUCGCUGCAAAUGGGCCGCCAAACUACCGCCAGUGCUGCCCGUCACUUGAGGAACACUCAACUAAUGGUCUCCGAGAUGCGUCGGGAAAAUGACUUGGCCGACCAAGCACAAUGGCGUAUUGAAAAAGAGAACUGGGAUCAACGACUUGCAGGAAGGUAUUGCGCCAGGGAAUGCCGUGACGUCGUUGGAGGCUUUGAGCAAGUCUUUGAAGUACUGAGAAGAGGGUUGGAGGAAAAGAUUGCUGCUUAAUCUUCUUGUUGGUUCCACAAUAUAUGGGUGUUUGUUUUCUUGCGCUGGGCAUGUGGAGGGCAAUUGGCGUUCAAAUACAUGCAUCAAGAAAGGUCACGGUUAUUGCAUGGACAAGGCGUUAUAGAUUACCGAAAUAGUGAGCAGUUCCUGACCACACAAGGCAGGCGCUCUCACAAACACAUGGCAGGGAAGUCGCGAGACAGAUAUUUCACGUGCCUUUCGAAUAUAACAUUCGUUCUGCUCUGUCUCAGACACCACCAACAUAUUCCGGCGCGCCGAUUUCUACUCUUUCUUGUCCAAUGUGAAGCAAAC